UCCUUAGCAUAUCCAAAACCUCAGAACAACUUGAUGAUGUAACAGAAACUAUGGACUCUCUCUUUUCUAGCACUUUAAAUACAGUUGCUUCUUUACGCUUAAGGAAGGUUAAGGAAAACAGUUUGACACCAUGGUAUAAUGAGCAUACUCGCACCCUAAAGAGAGCAGCCCGAAAAAUGGAGCGCAGCUGGAGGAAAACAAAACUAGAGGUAUUUCGUAUUGCUUGGCGGGAAAGUAACAUAUCCUACAGAAAAGCAUUAAAAACUGCUAGAUCUGAUUACUUUUCUUCUCUUUUAGAAGAAAACAAACAUAACCCCAGGUAUUUAUUCAAUACAGUGGCUAAAUUAAUUAAAAAUAAAGCCUCAACAAGUGUUGACAUUUCCCAACACCACAGCAGUAAUGACUUUAUGAACUACUUUACUUCUAAAAUCGAUACUAUUAGAGAUAAAAUUGCAACCAUUCAGCCGUCAGCUACAGUAUCACAUCAGACAGUGCACUAUAGACCCCCUGAGGAACAGUUCCACUCAUUCUCUACUAUAGGAGAGGAAGAAUUGUAUAAACUUGUUAAAUCAUCUAAACCUACAACAUGUAUGUUAGACCCUAUACCAUCUAAGCUCCUAAAAGAGGUGCUUCCAGAAGUUAAUGGUCCUCUUUUGACUAUUAUUAAUUCCUCAUUGUCAUUAGGAUAUGUCCCCAAAACUUUCAAACUGGCUGUUAUUAAGCCUCUCAUAAAAAACCCACAACUUGACCCCAAAGAACUAGUUAAUUAUAGACCAAUCUCGAAUCUCCCUUUUCUGCCCAAGAUACUAGAAAAGGUGGUAUCCUCACAAUUAUGUUCCUUCUUAGAGAAAAAUGGUAUAUGUGAGGAUUUCCAGUCAGGAUUUAGCCGUAUCAUAGUACUUAGACUGCUCUCCUUAGAGUUACAAAUGAUCUGCUCUUAUCAUCUGAUCGUGGGUGUAUCUCUCUAUUAGUUUUAUUGGAUCUUAGUGCUGCGUUUGACACAAUUGACCACAGCAUUCUUUUGCAUAGACUUGAACACUUUGUUGGCAUCAGUGGAAGUGCACUAGCAUGGUUUAAAUCGUACUUAUAUGACCGCCAUCAGUUCGUAGCAGUGAAUGAAGAUGUAUCAUAUCGAUCACAAGUGCAGUAUGGAGUACCUCAAGGCUCAGUACUAGGGCCGCUACUCUUCACACUUUAUAUGUUACCCUUGGGAGAUAUCAUCAGGAAACAUGGUGUUAGCUUUCACUGUUAUGCUGAUGAUACUCAGCUCUAUAAUUCUUCGCGGCCCAGUGAAACACACCAAUUUGAAAAACUAAUGGAAUGCAUAGUCGAUAUAAAAAAUUGGAUGACGAGUAAUUUCUUACUGCUAAAUUCAGAAAAAACAGAAGUGUUAAUUAUACGACCUAAAAACUCUGCUUGCAAUAACCUAGAACACGGUCUAAGACUUGAUGGUUGCUCUGUCAAUUCUUUGUCAUCAGUUAGGAACCUAGGUGUGCUAUUUGAUCGCAAUCUUUCCUUAGAAAGCCACGUUUCUAGCGUUUGUAAAACUGCAUUUUUCCAUCUCAAAAAUAUAUCUAAAUUACGGCCUAUCCUCUCAAUGUCAAAUGCAGAAAUGUUAAUCCAUGCAUUUAUGACUUCAAGGUUAGAUUGUUGUAAUGCUUUAUUGGGUGGUUGUUCUGCACGCUUAGUAAACAAACUACAGCUAGUCCACAAUGCAGCAGCAAGAGUUCUUACAGGAACCAGGAAGUAUGACCAUAUUAGCCCGGUCCUGUCAUCGCUGCACUGGCUCCCUAUCAAACAUCCUAUAGAUUUUUAAAUAUUGCUUAUUACUUAUAAAGCCCUGAACGGUUUAGCACCUCAGUAUUUGAAUGACCUCCUUUUUACAUUAUACUCCUCUACGUCCGCUACGUUCUCAAAACUCAGGCAAUUUGAUAAUACCUAGAAUAUCAAAAUCAACUGCGGGUGGCAGGUCCUUUUCCUAUUUGGCGCCUAAACUCUGGAAUAACCUACCUAACAUUGUUCGGGAGGCAGACACACUCUUGCAGUUUAAAUCUAGAUUGAAGACCCAUCUCUUUAACCUGGCAUACACAUAACAUACUAAUAUGCUUUUAAUAUCCAAAUCCGUUAAAGGUUUUUUAGGCUGCAUUAAUAAGGUAAACCGGAACCGGAAACACUUCACAUAACGUGUACCUUCUACAUCAUUAGAAGAAUGGCA